GAGGGCGGGUUCCACCGAAGCAGGAGUUCCCUCUAGCUGUGGUUAGAGAAUUAAUGGAGGGGGUAUGACUGUCGAAUUAUGCGAACUACAUAGUGCACAGGAUCGAUCCGCUUCAUUAACGUAAACAAGUACACAAUCGCGGUGCCGUUAAGUUACGGAAACGAAUCCGCCGCUAGCACGAAUCGCGCACGGACGGUGGGGCUCGUGUCGCUCAAAAGGAAAGUCGAGGGCCUCGCAGAGGGUUAGCAAAGCGAGGAAGCGGAGAAUACGGGCUCGUAGUGCUGUCUCAACAGAUUGGACCCGACCCACAAGACCUAAGAGGCAUUACCGAACCUCGAGCAUUGAAAACAACACUAGCACUGUUGGCUAGCUAGCGCUCGUUCGCUAGCUAGCUAGCUAACCAACUAACCAGCCACUACUAUCAACCUCUGGGUGACUACCUGUGAUCUGACAGCUUACGGCGGUUCAGCGAGUUAUGAACAGAGAUAGCUAGUGCAGCGGCCUCACAAAUCGUAUGAUCGGUAAGGGGACGCGGACUGAAGACAGUUGACAUACAGACAAGUCGAGGAUUUCAAGGAUAUUUGUUGUUAUACCUGGCCUGCAAACAUGGGCAACGCGCCCACCGCCAAGAACAAGGGCAAUGAGAUGGAGAGCGUUAAGGAGUUUCUCGCUAAAGCCAAAGAAGAUUUCCUAAAGAAAUGGGAAAACCCAGCACAGAACACUGCAUCUCUGGAUCAGUUCGAGAGGUUGAAGACCCUGGGCACAGGCUCAUUUGGCAGAGUCAUGCUAGUCAAGCACAAAGAAUCAGGGCAGCAUUUUGCUAUGAAGAUUCUUGACAAACAGAAGGUGGUCAAACUUAAACAAAUAGAACACACGCUGAAUGAGAAACGCAUCCUGCAGGCCGUCAGUUUUCCGUUCCUGGUGCGAUUGGAGCACUCGUUCAAGGACAAUACUAAUCUUUAUAUGAUAAUGGAGUAUGUUCCUGGGGGUGAGAUGUUUUCUCACUUGCGUAGAAUUGGACGGUUCAGUGAACCUCAUGCCCGAUUCUACGCCGCCCAGAUAGUUCUGACCUUUGAAUACCUUCACUCGCUUGAUCUUAUCUACCGAGACCUGAAGCCUGAAAACCUGCUCAUAGACCAGCAGGGCUACAUACAGGUUACAGAUUUUGGAUUUGCUAAACGUGUAAAGGGCAGGACCUGGACACUGUGCGGCACACCCGAGUACCUAGCGCCUGAAAUCAUCCUCAGUAAAGGUUAUAAUAAAGCAGUGGACUGGUGGGCUCUGGGAGUGCUCAUCUAUGAGAUGGCUGCUGGUUACCCCCCUUUCUUCGCCGACCAGCCCAUCCAGAUCUACGAGAAGAUCGUCUCUGGGAAGGUCCGCUUCCCUUCGCAUUUUAGCUCCGACUUAAAGGACCUGCUAAGGAACCUUCUGCAGGUAGAUCUGACGAAGCGUUUCGGUAACCUGAAGAACGGCGUCAAUGACAUCAAGGGCCACAAAUGGUUUGCGACCACCGAUUGGAUCGCGAUCUACCAGAAGAAGGUGGAAGCCCCCUUCAUCCCCAAGUGCAAAGGUCCCGGAGACACCAGCAACUUUGACGACUACGAGGAAGAAGAAAUCCGGGUCUCUUUCACAGAGAAAUGUGGAAAGGAGUUUGCUGAAUUCUAAUAGCGGCAGCAGUGGAGGAGCAGAGAGAUGGAGAGAAUUAGAUGUGGGGCAACCAAGAAAGAGUGAAGAAAAUGUUUUCCAGGGAGAGCUGAUAAGAGACUGGACUGAGUCUGUAUCCGGUAACAACGAUGACGACGACAACAACAACAACAGCAGUGUAGAGCCCUCGCACGGCGAUGGAGGAAGAAGAAGAACAGAUAGUCCUGACAGAGCGCCAGCAGUGUUGCCUUUUCAGAUCCUUCAUCACUUGUUACUUAUCCAUUUUCAUCUUUUCCCUCUUGUUUGGUAGCCAGGGCAGAGAUUCAAUCACUUGGCUGGCAUGGGGAUAUAUUUGUGACUUGUUUUUCAGAGAUAUGGAGGUUACUUUCUGGUACUGAAUUUCGGCUUCUCCAGAUAAAAAAUACAGUUUUUAUUAGCAAAGGUGUCCUUGCUCUGUAGUUCUCUAUUCUGUCACAUCUUGUUUCCUUCUUGUGCAUCUAUCUACCCAUCUACCAAGUCAAACCGACCUGCACUGUUCAGUUCAAAAGUUCUGGAUUUGAUUAUCAAAUUUUUCCCGAUUUUAAUUUUAAGCAUACGUUUAAAUAUUAAUUUGGCAUUAAAAAUUUCAUCUGCUUCGUACAAAGAUCAUUUAUAGUUCUAGAUGUCGUACUGUUUGCGGGACCUAAUAGUUUUGGUGUACUUUUAUUCGGGUCUUUGCCAUAAAUCGUUCCUGUAGAUAUGCGUCAUCUUUUUUUUGCAGACACCUUGUUAUAAAGUUAGAAAGUGCAACAUCAAUACGACUUCAUGUUAUUAAUCCGUAGCAUGUACAGGUAUACUUGAAAUAAUACAUCAUUUUAUCUUUCUAAGAUGGAUUUUACAGAAAUAAAUCGAAACACGAAACUGAAAACUAAAGGAAUCAUGAAGUGAAUUGUUCAAGCACAAAGGCUUGUUGCAAUACAGCUUGAUGAAAAAAAGCCACGCUAUUUUUUUCCAACAAACACUUUAAAUGGAAAAAGCUGAUGCGGGAUGAAUGUGGCUACGUUGGAUGGUCGUUUUUUGGCCGUGUACCGUGCCAAUGACCAGACCCAGAGAAUAAUGCGAAUGUGAGCUGCUCACCUAAAGGUGAAUCAAAAAAUUAGGCGUACUUUCAAUAUGCUUUAAUAAGCUCAUUCAUCAGUCCUAAUAUAGACCUGAUUGUGUUUAAUAAUGAUAUUGACCAGCAAAUUUAACUAGUUAAUAUCUUCCAACGAAUAAAUCAACUUAAAUAUUUCUAUCUUGCUCUUUAACUUCAUAGGAUGCAAGACAAUCCAAAUGCAAAAGUCCUAAUGUUGUUGUUUUUUUUAAAGUUCCCAGUAGUUGCAUCGAUUUUAGUUCUUUAUGCUUGAAAAGCUUCAUAUUUCAUUUGUUAGUUGUUAAAGGUACAGCGUGUAAUUUCCAUGCUUGUUUGGCUGAACCAACGCUUCGAGUUUUUGUCGGGUAGCACUGGCACCUCAAGUGGCACAGAUAUUACACGCAUUGCCUUUAAUUGUCAGACAUUUGCUGUUUAUUAGAUGUUGUUCCUCCUAAAUUGUGCGAUUCUGUGAUUUGCAUAUAUGCUCAAGCUAUCCUUGUUUUGUUUUGUUAUGUACCGCUAGUGUAGGUUUAUUUUAUUGAGCGUUCACAAAUGACAGAUUGGUGCCAGCUCAACGUAUGUUUGUCUGUCUUUUAUUGCUCAAUGUAUCUAUUGACACUGGACGGCUGUUCAUUUAAAGAAACCUGCCAGAUACACAACCCAGAUUACAUUAAGCUUUGAUUAUUUGGGUGAUGUGUACGUUACUUACAAGCUUACGGCCCUUUUCGUCCCUUUCGCCUGGCACCGUUUAGCCAUUGCAGGGACCUUUGCUCACCUGAUUUCACAAGGUGUCAUAAAACGAGUGUAGGAACGGGAGAAAUGGCUCCUCUUUUUGGUCUUGAAUAGCUGAAAAAGUGAUAGAAAACAAUCAGUGUUCAAGAAACAUUUCUGUACAUGUUGAAACUUUUUGAGGGGAAUCUUGUAUGCAGCAUUUAAAUCCAUGACCUUUUUGUCAAAGCAUGGAAAUGUGUGAUAUUCUUGAUGGUAUUCGGAUAGACAAGUCAUCCCCUCCAUGUCCGCCUGGUUCUCUAGGCCCCGCCCCUUUCUUUGAAAUGCACAUCCCAGUCUCUCACUCAUCUGUCUCAUGUACAUUGUCAAUCAUAUUUUUGUGUGUGUGUGCGCAUCAAUCCAUGAUACAGUUUGCCUUUGUACACAUCCAGUUUCCUACACUUCUCUAUUUGCUUUUUAAAGAAAUCACAAAGAAAACAUUUGAUUUACUUUUGCAUAUUUUCUAAGUGUAUUUUGAAUAACAGGAGUCUCUUUCCUCCCGACUUGGCUAUGGUGAUGGUGUAGUCUAUUGUACCUUUUCGGGAAACAAUACUGUAUAUUCUCUGCCUUUAACAGUCUUAAUUAUUUUAUCUUCUGGAGAAGUUGACGGAUACCCGUAGGACACAUUGAGUAUGUUUAAAAAAAAUCACAGAAUAAUAUUUUGCAACAUGUAUCAUUCCAAUAAAGUUUUAAUUGUUAAAAGUA